AUGGGAAAGACGGCUCUGGCCAAGUUAGUCUACAAUGACAACAAAGUGUUCGAUCAUUUUGACAAGAGAAUGUGGAUAUGUGUUUCUGAAGAUUUUGAUGUUCGGAGAAUCAGAAGGGAGGUUCUCAGUUCAGCAACCGGAGAAAAGGUUAGUGAUGUCCUAACCGACUCCCGUUUACUAAUCCGGCUCAAACGGAACUUUAUCCGCAGGAAAUUGUUGCUUGUUUUGGAUGAUUUUGGGGAUUUGGAUUCCGGUAGAGUAUCAGAACUGGAAAAAUUAGUGGAGAUGGGCGCUAAUGGCAGCAAGAUCAUGAUCACCACUCGCAGUGAGCAAACUGUACAGGAUUCUGCAACAUACAAGAUUGAAAAACUAGACGAGGAGAAAUCCAUGGUUUUAUUUGAACAGACAUUUGGAAGCAAAAACCUUACUGAAAAUAUGACCAGAAUUCACAGUGAACUCAAGAAAGAACUUGUGCCAAAAUGUGGAGGACUUCCUUUAGCAAUCAAAUCCUUGGCGGGACUGCUUUCGUCGGAAGCGAGUUAUGGUGUCGAGUGGUUGGAUGUCACAGCCUUCAGUGAGAAAUGGAAACAGGAAGAGGUGAAGGAGGGUGGUUGCGUUCUACAUGCACUGAGACUGAGUUAUGAUCUAAUGCCAUCUUAUUUAAAGCCUUGUUUUCUUUGUUUUUCGUUGUUGCCAAAAGAUUAUGUGUUCUACUCCUUUGAGCUAAUCCAGUUAUGGAUCGCGCAAGGAAUCCUUCAUUCAGAUGGCAAAGAUCCUGAGGUUGUUGGGGAGCAAUACUUCAAUGAAUUGUGUACAACAGGCUAG